UGUCUAUAUACUAUUCAAAACGCUUCAUCCAACAUUAUCUGUGGGCAGGGAAACGUCUGUGUCUAUUUAAUGAUGGAAAUUAGAAACAGAGUUGACACAUCACGGUUCAAAGCUAAACUAGCUCUGGGUAUAAGCUAACUAAGACUGUUGUUACCUCAGACCGUCACCAUGGGGAAUAUGUUCGCGCAGCUCUUCAGCAUGUUCGGGAAGAAGGAGAUGAGGAUCCUGAUGGUGGGGCUGGACGCUGCCGGGAAGACCACCAUACUAUACAAGCUCAAACUGGGAGAAAUAGUCACGACUAUUCCCACAAUAGGUUUUAAUGUAGAAACGGUGGAAUACAAAAACAUCAGUUUUACCGUGUGGGAUGUGGGUGGUCAGGACAAAAUCCGUCCGUUGUGGCGUCAUUAUUUCCAAAACACACAAGGCCUGAUCUUUGUUGUGGACAGUAACGACAAAGAGCGUUGCACUGAGGCGCGCGAGGAGCUCAUGAGGAUGUUGGCUGAAGAUGAGCUGCGGAAUGCUGUGCUGUUGGUGUUUGCCAACAAACAGGAUCUUCCUAACGCCAUGUCUGCAGCUGAGCUGACAGAGAAACUGAGCCUGCACUCUUUACGCAACAGGAACUGGUACAUCCAGGCCACCUGUGCUACCACCGGAGAUGGCUUGUACGAGGGAUUGGACUGGCUAUCAAACCAGUUGAAACACAGUAAAUAAUGCCAGCUCCUGUGUACUACUCAUGUACUCCACCAAAUGUCUUUGUAUGUACUCAUAAGGUGUUGAAAACCAAGCGACCUUGUCCCAGCGACUGGAAGCUGCCUUGACCUCAAAGCCCUUUUUUUAAAAAAGCAGACAUGCGGUUGAGAUAUUCUAUUCUUGUAAAAGUUAUUUUAUGGAAUUGUAAAUAGAUUUGGUAUUGGGGAGGACUCUUGCACUCAAACUCAUUCUACUUUUGUCGCUUUCUCUUUUGGGACAACCUUUACUUUUAAAUCACAAAGAGGCAUUUGCAGAGAAAUCACCAGCAGCACCUUGGAGCCCAUCGUUCAAUGCAAUCUAAUUUUACAGUGUGGGAAUGAACAGUGCUAGUUUUGUACUGUAGAGGAACAUUACAUUAUUAUUACCACCCUACUUUGUUUUAGCAGCCUUUUGAAAUCAUGUGACAAGAUCUCAGGUUGUGUUGAGCAUUUAACACGCAUUUCUUGCCAAGCAGGUACCUGAUGCCUACUCCUCACUGGUAUGCACUGUGCAACUUAAAUGGAGUCGCCAUGCCCCUCAUGUUUGUACUAAGAGGCUUUAUCAAAUACGAAUUUUAAUCAUUGCUAUCUUUUGCUUAUAGCCUAUAUAUUUUAUUUGGCAUGAAGUUUAGGGAUGUUUAACAGCUUACUUGGCAUGCUUGUCGCAAUUUUCAAACUGCAGGCUUUUACUUGCGUGUGGAUAACGUCUUUUUGGUCUGAAUGUUUGAAAACUUUAUUUUGUUAUGUUGUUUUGCAAUGUGAGAUAAGGCACUGUAUUUGAAGUGAUUGGAUAUUUUCUGUAACUGAUUUCUGUAUUUUCUCUAUGCAAUAAAGUUGAUUAUUGAAACAUA